CAAGUCUUUAGGUUUAAUUCACCUUCAGUGUUUUUAUUCCCAUUCUGCUGCUGCAGUGUGGGCUCCAUCUGCAACCACAGGCCUCCUUCCAUCCUCUGCAUCCCCGCUCCUCCUCUCCUUUAUGUAGGAAAAGUGAUUUCUGACCAGGAGGGGAAACAGCCCUGCCUCUCUCCCUCCAUCUCCACACCGAUCUUGAGGUUUUUAUUUCUCCUGCUGUGGUCCUCACCCAAACGCAACCAUAAGGUUCCUACCGCAUCCUCCUCCUCCUUCCUCCCUCUCCUUCCGCUCGAGUCUGACCCGGUUUUUCGGUUUGGUUUGGUCCCGCAAGUUUUCAAAUAUUUACUUCCUGUACAUCAAGAGGAAAGGGGGUCCCCCUUUCAUGGAAUGCGGAAACAUGGGUCUGUUCGACCGCGGAGUCCAGAUGCUGCUGACCACGGUGGGCGCCUUCGCGGCCUUCAGCCUCAUGACCAUCGCGGUCGGAACGGACUACUGGCUGUACUCGCGCGGCGUCUGCAGGUCCAAGUCCAUGAGCGAGAACGAGACCAGCAAGAAGAACGAGGAGGUGAUGACACACUCGGGCCUGUGGAGGACUUGCUGCUUGGAAGGAAACCUCAAAGGGAUGUGUAAACACAUAGACCACUUUCCAGAGGAAACAGAUUACGAAGCGGACCCAUCCGAGUACUUCUUACGUGCAGUACGAGCCUCCAGCAUCUUCCCCAUCCUCAGUGUCAUCCUACUCUUCAUGGGGGGGUUGUGUAUAGCUGCCAGUGAGUUCUACAAGUCACGCCACAACAUCAUCCUCAGUGCAGGGAUCUUCUUCGUGUCUGCGGGUUUGAGCAACAUCAUCGGGAUCAUCGUGUACAUAUCAGCCAACGCAGGGGACCCUUCAAAAAGCGACUCGAAGAAGAACAGCUAUUCGUACGGCUGGUCCUUCUAUUUCGGUGCCCUAUCUUUCAUCAUGGCUGAAAUGGUGGGCGUCUUGGCCGUGCACAUGUUCAUCGACCGCCAUCGACAGCUGCGAAUAGGGGCGCGCGCAGCUGACUACCUCCAAGGCUCGGCCAUAACGCGGAUCCCCAGCUACCGCUAUCGCUACAGGCGCCGCUCGCGCUCCUCUUCCCGAUCCACAGAUCCAUCACAUUCCCGCGACACCUCACCGGUGGGCCUCAAGGGUUUCAGCGCGCUGCCAUCCACAGAAAUCUCAAUGUACACGCUGCCCCGGGACACCCUGAAGUCCUCCGGUACGCCCACCACCACCUACAACUCUGAGAGGGACCAUAACUUCCUUCAGGUCCACAACUGUAUCCAGAAAGACCUAAAAGACUCAAGCCACACCAACACAGCCAACCGCCGCACCACGCCUGUAUGAGAACGUCCACGCAGGCCUGGCCAAGCCCAGCAGAGAUCAGGAGACACAGGAACCGCUGUGGGUGCCGCACGCCCCUGGAGAAGU